CCAGCUCCACCCCUCCCUGUUCUUUCUCCCCCUCAGCUGCUCCAGCUGUUGCCACCCCUCACCAUGACGAACCCAUACCAACAGUCACAGCAGUCACAGCACGGCGCAGCCGCCAGCAACUUCCCCAGGAGUACCUCAUACGCCUCCAUCGUCUCUGGAUCUCAACAGCAGCAGCAGCAAUCCGCUACCCGAUCAUCGGCCUUGGGGUUCUCACAUAUCCUUGACCCGAACCCUGACGCCGAACUCGAUACACACAAUCCCUACUACCCCGAGCUCGAUAGACUUUUCUCGCGACCCAAUAUCCCAACAUUUGGCGGUGCCGGCAUGGAUAUGGACACAGGAUAUACAUCACGAAACCAAAACGAAAACGGACACAACAAUAAUAAUACCAAUAGCGGGCCGUGGCCACCACCCGCAAGACUAGGUUCCAACUUUUCAAUGUCCAGGGCGUUCGACAUGUUUUUAAACAAGGAACCUUUAAGCUUCGCCGAUGCUGCAGAUGUGGACAGCGCCGCGCAUAAGGGAACCGGCGCGGGCGCCAACCCCUUCUUGUCCGGCGGGACAGCGCCAAACUUUCUUGCCCCCUCUUACCUCCGAGGUACCACCUACCUCACCAAGCUGGAAGAGCAGCACCGAGCGAGAAUUUUGGCCGAGAGAGAAAGAGAGGCUAGCGUACCAGGUGCGAAAACGCAGACGAGAGCAGGAGUACUAGCCACCAACGGAAACAGUCAUCACACUCUAUCGCCCAUGUCUGGAAAGGUGCACACAGGCGGGGGAUCACACCGGGGGGUGGCCUUUGAUGUGGUGGAAAAGUCGGCGUUGAGCCAGGGUUUGGUCGAGGAGGAAGUCAAUCCGUUGCCGUCGAGGUGGAACAUGGACGACAGGGAACCCUCCCUAGAGCUCUCGGGCGAUGGCUAUGAAGUUACCUUCACCGGGCGGAUGAGCAAUGAACACGAGGCCUCGGCAGUGAGGGCUGAUCACCCCAUGAAUCCGGCCUGUGGCAUAUACUACUUUGAGAUCACGGUCCUGAACAAGAAGAAGUCAUCGACCGACGACAUGCCACCCAUUGCGAUUGGCUUCUCUAGCCAGAUGGCCGCGCUGAACCGGGCGCCGGGAUGGGAACCGGAGAGCUGGGGGUACCAUGGGGACGACGGAAACUGCUUCGCCGCGCAAAACGUAGGGAAGGCGUACGGCCCCAAGUUUGGUCCGAAGGAUACGGUCGGGUGUUGUAUCAAUUUCCGGCUGGGGCAGGCGUUUUUUACAAAGAACGGCAAGGAGCUGAAGGUGGCGUUUCGGGACAUCAACUUUAAGGAUGUGAAGGCGGGCAAGUUGUUUCCCAUGGUCGGGCUCAAGAAGACGGGGGAUCACAUCUGGGCCAACUUUGGGCAGCAGCCGUUUAUGUUUGAUAUUGAUAACUACAUGCUGGAGCAGCAACAGAUUAUCGAAGACGAGAUAAACCGUGUCGAUACACGCAUCCUAGCACCAGGACUGUCAGAAACGGAGCUUAUUCAGCAAUUGGUUUUGCAAUUCCUGCAACAUGACGGCUACGUUGAGACAGCUCGUGCUUUUGCGGAGGAGAUCCAUUCCGAGAAGUCGGCUCUUCGGCUUAGUGCCAAGGAACAGGUCAAGGGCAUCAACAUCAAAGACGACGAGGACGCCAACAACCGCCAGAGGAUCCGUCGAGCGAUACUCGAAGGCGAUAUCGACCGCGCCAUGCGUUACACGGAGCAAUACUACCCCAACGUCCUCAAAGAAAACGAGCAGGUUUAUUUCCGUCUCAAAUGCAGGAAGUUCAUCGAGAUGAUUCGCAAGGAGGCCGAGAUGAACCUAAAGUUGGAGGAUCGAAACCGGCGACUCGAAGAGCAGCGCAGCAGACAAGGCCUGGGGGAUAAUGACGAGGAGAUGCAAGAUGAGUGGGAUGACGAGAGGGAGUUCUACAUUGAUCAACUCGGGAAGCUCUCGAUGGAGGCACUGGAGUACGGACAGGAGCUGAGGGCCGAGUUCACCAACAAUCCGAGCAGAGAGAUGACGAAACACCUGGAUGAGAUUUCCAGUCUGAUUGCCUAUCCGCAUCCGCUGCAGGUGCCAGAGGUGUCUCAUUUGAUGGAUGCGAAGGGGAGAGUGGCCGUGGCGGAGGAGUUGAACUCUGCUAUACUGACAUCACUCGGCAAAUCAUCCCGCGCAGCACUCGAAAACGUUUACGCCCAGACCUCGGUGCUUCUGGAGGACCUGGCGAAGGACGGGGGACCGGGUGCUUUUGUGACGUUGGAGGCGCUCUUCAGGCAGUUUCCACCCAGCAAAUUGCUUUAG